UCCGAGACUUCCGGUUCCACGUUGUUGAUGUUUUGUGGGUUACACGUGUGCUAUUCAAGAGAAGAACCCUCUUGUCUCCAGGGCUGUCUUGACAAUGAAAGUGUUAAAAUCAAAUCCAUUCCAGUGCGAUAUGACACUUAUACAAUCGUUGGCGAUCAUUUUCAUAGCCAUUUUUCCCGUUGCAACUUUAUGCUUCGAAAAUGACCAGGGCAGUGUUGCAGACGACAAGAAAUUUGAUCCGGCGAAAGAUUUCUACAUGUAUGACGUGUAUGAUCUGAGAGGAAAUCUGGUUCCAUUGAAAAGAUAUAAGGGAAAGGUAUCCCUGGUGGUGAAUGUGGCCAGUGAGUGUGGCUACACAGACCAGCACUACAAAGGCCUAGUUAGACUGUAUAAUGAGCUGGUUCAUACUGACCGGUUCACAGUACUUGCCUUUCCCUGUAACCAGUUUGGUUCUCAAGAGCCUGGGAGCAGCACUGACAUCGACCAGUUUGUGAAGCGGAAGUACAAGGUGAACUUCCCCAUGUUUGCCAAGAUUGAUGUCACCGGCGAUAGUGUACCAGAGGCAUGGAAACUGCUCAUUGCCGAGGCUGGCAAAUCUCCCACAUGGAACUUCUGGAAAUACUUGGUUGAUGGCAAGGGACAUGUGGUUAAUGCCUGGGGGCCCUGGGUGGAUGUAGACGACAUCAAAGAAGCUAUACUUGAUGCAGUGGAAGAGGUAACUCCAUUGGAUCUGCCCUACCAAGCACACCACGAUGACCAGGAACAUGAACAUGAAGAGUUGUGAGAAGAUCGAGAGAUCAAUGUGUAAAAUCAGGGCCACAAGACAAUUUCAGAGUACUAUUGUCUUGAUGACUCAGCUCAUUCCACUGCAAUGUACGUCAUAUGCAAUAUGUCAAAACUAGCAAAGUUCUUGGCCAUGCUAAUCAGGUGCAGGACAUAAUGAUGUCAUAUACAUGUCAGAUCAGUUUAUUUUAAAUGAUUUAAUAGAUAAUGAAAUAACUACUGAUUGGCCUUUAGCUUGUAAUUGUUCCAUAAUUGCCUGGACACAUGCGUUAAAAUUCAACAUUUAGUAUGUUUUUCUGUCGGUGACAAUCUCAAAUUCCAAAUGGUAUUUUUCUGGGAAACAUUUAACUUCAACAUAUGACUCAUACAUAGCAUGAAGAAAAAGUUACAGUGUAGAUCGUUUAACCAAGAAAUGAUCAAUACAGAUGAAUUUGGAAAUUAGGAACAUAUUAUUGCAUGAGCUGAUAUUUCAGUAUACAAUGAUGUACUGUUUCUUUGGGCGCCAUGUUGUUUCAAAUGUGACAUGGAUCUUGUUCUUAAGUAUGUAUUAUCAAUAGUCUUCUCUACAGUGGAGGGACUCAUUGAGUUUUAUGUUUUGUGCUUGCAGUCAAUCAAACGAUGAUCACGACGUAGUUUAUAUGACCAUAUUCUGUUGUUACCAUGGUUACAUGUUAUAAAUAUUUCUGCUGAAGCCUCACCGCAUGUUUGUGCAAACAAUAUUAGAUAAAAGACUAAGUCUUCUACUAAAAAGCCCAUUGUUCACAACAGUUGCUGUUCUCAUGAAGAGAUACCAAUCUCAAAUACUUGCUCCGUAUUAUCUCUUAGGUUCGUAUAUUCUGUCCAGUUGAUAGUAGCAGCAGUGUUACUCUGGUCACAAUCGAUGCUUGGUGCUAUGUCCAUGUUUGCUUUUUCCGUCCAUUCACUGCCCAGUAUCAUAACUCUAUGUGCCAAUUUUGGUCUUUUUGAUGAUUUUGACCUUGUUGUCUGUUAUUUGUCUGAUUGUGAACUGUAUUGGUAGAACUGGAGCACAUCGAACCUUACUCAGUUCCAUUUGAAGUUUAUUCAAAAUAUUUAGAAAAGUUUGUGUAGUUUGUAAGUCUUGUGCAUAACUUUUGUUAUAAUACAUAUUCUUCUCAAGAUGGUGCUAUUUACUACUGCAUAUUAUUUGGUCAGCUGUAAUGAUGAUUGCAUGAAGUUCAGCAUGUUUCUGAUGAAUCUGCCAGUAUAUGGUAUAUUAAUAAUUUUGUUAUCCUAUUGGAAGCGUUUAAAGGUACCACAUGCAAAAUGUUCACUAAUUUGAAGUGCUUAAACAGCACACAACAUUGUAAUAUUAUUAUGUGCCAAAUAAUAUCCUGACAUUUUAAAGGCAUAUCAACAGUCUAUUUGCCUAAUGUUGACCAAAGAAUAAAGUUUUUUACCUUCA